GUCACGCUUCGUUGUAACUCAUUGCGGUGAUUGUAGCAAACUAAAGUACGAAUACCAACAAUCGUUUCUUUGUUCUUAUUUUGAGAUUUUGAGAAUGUCUAGCUGUGGGUGUGGAAACAGCUGCAGCUGUGGCAGCGACUGCAAGUGUGGUAAGUACUCUAUUGACUUAAGCUACCUCGAGACAACAACCUCGGAGACUCUAGUUCUGGGUGUUGGUCCCAUGAAGACCCAAUUCGAAGGUGGUGAAGUGAGUGUUGCAGCUGAGAGUGGCUGCAAGUGUGGCUCAAGCUGCACUUGCGACCCAUGCAGCUGCAAAUGAGGUGAAUAUAUGGAAGCUCCAUGCAGAGAUAUAGCUGUAGUAUAUGGUCACACUUAUAUUAUAAUAACAAGUGUAUGCUUUGUCUUUUGUUCAACCAUCAUGGUUUGGAGUUUUAGAAUAAAGUGAUCAUGGCUAUGGCCUUUGCAAAUUCGAAUGUUCUAGUUGCGGGUGUUUUAAGCUAUAUGGUUUCUUUGUGAUUGGUUGGUCUUAUAUACAAAUGUAAUUUGAAUCAUCCAUCUCUGCUUAUAUAUGGAGUACUAUCCAUGUUAUAUGAAUAAAGGUUUGUUGAGUUGCUUCAUCAA